AUGCCUCUCGGGCGGUAUCCUGCGCAAGGCCUGGCCCCUCGCGGUUUAGAUAGCCGUGAUGACGACGAAGGUCAUUGCGAAUUACCCGACGGCCGGAUGGUUUGCGGUCCGCAUGGCAUUGUUGUUUGCGGCAGAUGCUGUCUGGACUUUAGUUCCAUCAACGACGACCAGAGCGAUAUGUCCACCGCGAAUGAUCCUAGUAAAGUCCUUGUCUUCUCGGACGGCGCAUGCUUGAACAACGGCCAGCCUAAUCCUCGGGCUGGAUGGGCCUUCGUCUUCGGCCCAGGGGGUAUCUGCAGCGGGCGCUUAGAGAGCCGCGGGCCAUUCGACGACCCAGGCGUUCAGAGUAGCAACCGGGCCGAACUUUGCGCUGUCAUUGCCGCAAUCGGCUUUCGCGCCUGGCACGGUGAGGGUUUCAGAAUCCUGAUCAUCGCUACGGACUCCGAGUACGUGGUCAAGGGUGCUACGGCGUGGGUCAAGACCUGGUUGAGGAAAGGCUGGAGGACUAACAACAACGCCGAUGUGAAGAAUAAGGAUUUGUGGGAGAUGCUGCUAGGCGAA